AUGGGUGAAGAAAAGGAUAUUACACAAGAAACGACAGAUGUAGAUUCUUUAUAUCCUGGCCAUUCUACAACUAUCAAUGGAAGUAAUGAGAAUUCGAAACAAGUAUAUAUAUCAUUGGACAAAGCUAAAUCUUUACUUCGAAUUCAUCAAUCGUCAUUUUUAAUGAGCCCAUCUGAAGAAUUAUCCCAAGAUAUCGGCUCAUUAAAAUCAAAUUUAAGCAACAAUAUUAUACCAACCAGUACAAACUCUGGGAAAAUGCAUAGCAUAGAUAUCACUGGUGAUUCUUCAAAAUUAUCCUCACAGUCAACAGAUGGUGAUAUAGAUAGAACUGUAGACUUCGAUAAUUCGCAACUGAGUGAAAUUUUAAAAGUUGAUAUUACAGCAACUGUAAGUUCGUUAUGUACUUUAGUAAAGUCAAUGUCAAAGGAAAUACAGCAUUUAAAGUUUAAGAAUAUGAUUUUAAGCUCUAAUGAAAAUGAUUAUAAGUCAAAAUAUGAAGUAGAGGAAAAUUUACAAAGACGACAAUUCGAAAAAAUCAAAUCCCAAUUAAUGAAUGAGAAUCAAGAAGCUUUAACCAAAUUAAAAGUUAAAGAGAACAAAGUAAUUAAAUAUAAAAAAAGAAUCAUGGAAAAGAACAUGGAAAUCAAUAGAUUAACGAGAAUUUUAAAUGAUAAUUCACUCAACAACGCUAAAAUAUUAAACCCAAAGAGAUCUUUGUCUGCGACAGCGUCGCUUGCAAAGAGAGACUCCAUAACUUCAGAAAAAAUGCCAGAUAUGUUAAAUGCAUUAGGAAUUUUAGCUACCCAAGUACUAAAUGAUAGAGCUCCUUUAGGGAAUGCAUCUGUGGGAAAUGAACCACCAAAAUUAAGUAACAACAAUAGUAUUGAUGCAAAUAUGACGGAAAAUGAUAUUGCUCAAGGUACUGAUGUUGAUGCUACAAUUAAUGCAGAUCCAAACACUACAAAUAGCUCGUUAAUAUAUGGAAAUUCCAGUACAAUAAAAAUAUCUAUGGUUCCAGCUAAGGUCCCACAAAAAUUUCAACUUCCAAAGAUGAAAAGUUUCAGUACCAAUGAUGGUACGGUGAAAGAUAUUUAG